GCAGCUUAGGCGGCCGAGCGCGCGGAGCGGGCGGAGCGAGCGCCCAGGACCGAGCGCGGGCGGAGCGGGGCUGGAGCAGUCGCGCAGCGGCGGCUGCCCCGGGGGAUGCGGCUGCCUCCCCGGGCCGGCGUGUAGGGAGGGCGGGUCCCCGGCCUCGGCAGCGCGGCGGUGGAGGGGACCGAGACUGCGGCCAUGGCGACCCCCGGCAACCUGGGGUCCUCCGUCCUGGCGAGCAAGACCAAGACCAAGAAGAAGCACUUCGUGGCUCAGAAAGUGAAGCUGUUCCGGGCCAGCGACCCGCUGCUCAGCGUGCUCAUGUGGGGGGUCAACCACUCGAUCAAUGAACUGAGCCACGUUCAAAUCCCUGUCAUGUUGAUGCCUGAUGACUUCAAAGCCUACUCAAAGAUAAAGGUGGACAACCACCUUUUUAACAAGGAAAACAUGCCGAGCCAUUUCAAAUUUAAGGAAUACUGCCCAAUGGUCUUCCGGAAUCUUCGGGAGAGGUUCGGAAUCGACGACCAAGAUUUCCAGAAUUCCUUGACCAGAAGUGCACCCCUUCCCAAUGACUCCCAGGCACGAAGUGGGGCUCGGUUUCACACAUCCUAUGACAAAAGAUACGUCAUCAAGACCAUUACCAGCGAGGACGUGGCAGAGAUGCACAACAUUCUCAAGAAGUACCAUCAGUACAUAGUGGAAUGCCACGGGGUCACCCUUCUUCCGCAGUUCUUGGGAAUGUACCGGCUUAAUGUUGACGGAGUGGAAAUAUACGUGAUUGUUACAAGGAAUGUGUUCAGCCACCGUUUAUCUGUAUAUAGGAAAUACGACUUAAAGGGCUCUACGGUGGCCAGAGAAGCUAGUGACAAAGAAAAGGCCAAAGAGCUGCCGACUUUAAAGGAUAAUGACUUCAUUAAUGAGGGCCAAAAGAUUUAUAUUGAUGACAACAGCAAAAAGAUAUUCCUGGAAAAACUGAAGAAGGACGUUGAGUUCCUUGCACAGUUAAAACUCAUGGACUACAGCCUCCUGGUGGGAAUCCACGACGUGGAGCGAGCAGAGCAGGAGGAAGUGGAGUAUGAGGAGAACGAUGGGGAGGAGGAAGCGGAGAGCGAUGGCACCCACCCAAUCGGGACUCCACCCGACAGCCCUGGAAAUACACUCAACAGCUCACCACCCUUGGCUCCUGGCGAGUUUGAUCCAAACAUUGAUGUUUAUGCAAUUAAAUGCCAUGAAAACUCCCCUCGAAAAGAGGUGUACUUCAUGGCGAUUAUUGACAUUCUUACUCAUUACGAUGCCAAAAAGAAAGCUGCCCACGCUGCAAAAACUGUUAAACAUGGCGCCGGAGCUGAGAUCUCGACCGUGAAUCCAGAACAGUAUUCAAAGCGCUUUUUGGACUUUAUUGGGCACAUCUUGACGUAACCUCCUGCCCAGCCCCAGAUGGACAUGAGCACAGGAAGGCUGGUGGUGGCAUUGGUGUAGGAGAAUUGAAACCAAACCCGAUGAAGCGCUCACCUUGAAGGAAGCAAACCUUCUUGUUUACAUCUUCAAGCCGAGAUGACUGAAGUGGGGGGGGGGCUACUCGCUUUAACAGCUACCUGAUAUUUCCCAGCAUCGUUCUAGCUAUUUUUGAUUCUCUCUGUGUGUGCAGGCGUGGGCGCACACGCUCUAGCGCACAUUUUAAAAUAAUGGAUUAAUAUUAAUUAAUUAAAACCGAUCAGCUUGGGUCAGAGCUUGUAACAACCCAACCCCUCUGAUUCCAGCUGUGGCUGAAUGAAUGAAUGAAUGAAUGAAGGGGCAGCACACGGGGGAGGGAGAAGAGGAAACGCGUGUCAGCAUGCCAGUACCACAAGAUAAACUGUAGAUCAGUUUGUUUUCUGAAAGAUGUGAGCACGUUCAUGAUGAUGAUGAUGGUGAUGAUGAUGAUUGAAAGAAGGAAAAAUGUACUUCAAAUGUUACACUCCUGGUCCACACAAAGACGACUCCUGAGCCUAAGCCCACAGCCCCAGGCAGAAGAAUGCUAGCUAGCAUUUUCCUGUGUACUGGGUCAUGGUUCUGCCCUAACAGAGUCAGCACCCCCAGGUAUCCCAGGCUGAGCCCUUCAUCUUCCAAGAGUCUGAUGCCAAGAGACUGUCUACAGUUUCACCUCCGCAAACGCUUCCAGGAAAACCGCUUGCUUCUCUUUUCUCGCCUGGAGAGUCUCACUGUUACACCCUUGUGUUGAGCUGCAGAAACGAAUUCUGCAAAACAGAUGUAGAAUUUCCCUGAAAGGUGCAUAGUUUGGGGGCAAUAACAGCUACACCUCCCACCGUAGAAAAGGGAGCAAGGGGUUAAAACCCUCCUGUAACCGAAGGCAAUUCCCAAUUAAUGAAGUUUAUGUCCGACCAUUGUCUAAAGAGUGGAGUUUCGUUAUGGAUUAUCCCCUCUAACUGAAACCCUCAGUUUUACUGUUUACAUGGUUAGAAAAACAGGGAUAUUUUUGAAUCUAAAAAUUUAAUAUGCAGCAUGUGAUUUUUGAGGUUUACAUGUAAAGCCAUUUUGCAGUGUAGGGAACAUGUUUAUUGUGUUUUGAGGUAUGUCUUGCAGUUGUGUUUUUGAGUGAGUGUUUUGUUCAAAGUUCCUAGUAGACAGGCUUUCACAUAAAAGCAAAAGGAUUUCGUUCCUCAAGAUGUGUAUUUAUCAACCUAAUGUUUAUAUAUAUGAUUAAACCCAGAAUCUGGUUAUGUAAGUUCCUUGCCCUAAACUGCUGGCCGUGUUUAACCAAGUUAAAACCUUCCGGCACCAAUCAUGGAUCUACCCCCUUCCCUGUGUUCCUGAAAGGCCUCAAGUUACAGAAGGCAACACUUGCUUCGAGUACUGUCAGCAUCCAUGCUGUGCUGAGGUCGUGCCUUUAAAACCCCCGUUUAAUAUGGUGAGAUGGUUUCCGUGGGCAGUUUUGGAAAGGAAAAAAAGAAUCCACCUUUCAAUAAUUACUUAGAAGUCAACAAGCCCCCUGGCAGGCUGCCUUCCCAGUCUCUUCAGUUCAAGCCUCUCCAGGUACAGCUGUGCCCAACAUGUGUGGGCUGCCUUCACAGCAUCUGGAAGCCAGCGUGGACACCAUCCGACUCCUGCGUACUGACCUGCCACAGAUUCAUUAGCUGAUGAUGUUAACUCCACUGUAACAUAGUUGUACAAAUCUGUAUUUGAUGCAUUUAAAAUAAUCAAUGCUGUAUGAUUCGGUUUCCGGGCACCGUUAAUUGUGGUGUCCAAUCCGUUUGAGUGUUCUGAAGCUCUGCUGUAACCUUUGAUCUCAAAACUUACAAACUCAAGAUCCCAAAACUUUACAAACCUAAAGUAAAAAUGAAGGUACACAUACAUGCUCUGAGUAACCAUUUCCUCUGUGGCCAAUCUGUAUGCUUUUAGAAGUUUACAAAAAAAAAAAAAAAAAAAAAAAAAAAAAAAAAAAAAAAAAAAAAAAACGCUUUGGUUUUUGUCUGUAACCAUCUCUAUCAUCCAGAUAAACUGUUGGGACAAGAGUGAGGACGCGUGUGGUGUCCCAGUGCUAACAGCGCACUCCAGUCGUGAGCCGGGCUUUGUGAAUAAAGCACUUUGACGACUCACA